AUGGGAAUGGUGGACUUGCUCAUAGGAGUUUUGUCAGACAGAAGCCAACGCUUCAUCUAUGGCCCUUUUGCCCCGGGUCUGGCGGUUUCCUCGCAGCUGUUCGUGGUGUCACAUGACGGAAAGCUGCUUUUCAGCGGAGGCCACUGGGACAACAGCAUUCGGGUCACCUCUCUGACUCGGAUCCGGCUGAUUGGACAGCACAUAAGGCACAUGGAUGUUGUGACGUGUCUGGCGACGGACUUCUGUGGGAUUCACCUCAUCUCAGGCUCACGUGACACGACCUGCAUGAUCUGGCAAAUCCUGGUUCAGGGUGGAGUAGCGGUGGGCCUGUCACCGAAGCCUUUACAGGUGCUGUAUGGGCACACAGACGAGGUGUCGAGCGUUCACAUCAGCACGGAGCUGGACGUGGCCAUCUCUGGCUCUCGGGAUGGCACUGUCAUCGUGCACUCCAUCCGGAGAGGGCAGUGCAUGAGGACGCUGAGGCCGCCGUGUGAGAGUUCUCUACCGAUGGCUGUCCAUAACCUGGCCAUGUCCUGGGAUGGACACAUAGUGGUCCACACUUCCAUUGAAGGGAAGUCCAGCCUCAAGGAUAAGAAUGCUCUUCACUUGUACUCGGUCAACGGCAAACACCUGAGCUCGGCCAGUCUGAAGGAGCAGGUGUCCGACCUGUGCAUCGCCGGAGAGCACGUCCUUCUGGGCAGCAGGCAGGGCUUCCUCUCGUUUCGCGACCUCUACAGCCUGACUCUGAGCACGUCCCCCAUCGACAUGCGGGUGCCAGUCCACUGCGUCUCGGUGACAAAGGAGCACAGCCAUGCGCUGGUGGGCCUGGAGGAUGGCAAGCUGAUCAUCGUGGGCAUCGGACGACCGGCAGAGAUGCGGCCCGGGCAGAUCACACGGAAGCUUUGGGGCUCCAGACGGCUGACCCAGAUCUCGUCGGGAGAAACCGAAUACAACACCCAGCAUCCAAAAUGAGGAGCCCCCCGGCGGUCCAAGCCUUCUGUGGCCCCCCGAUGGACGCACAGGCUUCCCCGUGAAUUUGCACUCGCUGGGUUUCGCUGUUGGGAUGGCACUGAGCUCGCGGACGUCUCUGCCGUCGUGUCUUAAAGGAAAGCGUGGCCACCUGCUCGGGGAAUGCUGGGCACCAUCAGUGCCCACCGUGUGAGUUGAUGAGCUGAGCUGAGGGGUGGUUGGUGGCCAGUCACUGGACUGAGGAGGACGGGCCCACUGCGCCCGUCCACAUGUAAAUAGACUCCGGGGCAGAUGGGAAAUGGGCUGCUGGUGUUGGUGAUUUUUAUAUCAGAAUUUACAAAAUUAUGCAAAUGGGAAAUUGUGACAGUUCACCUCAGAAUUACAGGUCUGUGCCCGUGGCCACCACGAGGGUCACUACAGAUGCCUUCAUCAAGUGGGACAAGCCGGUGGGGGGGGUGGGGUUUGCCAUCUGCAGUGCUGGGUCCUUCUCAGAGUCAGGCAGGCAUUGGCAAAGUAACUGCGGGCACACUGACCACCGGACCUCUGUGAGGUAGUGGCCGUCCACUUUCUCAGGGCAGGAGUGGCCACUACUAUUGUAGCCAUUUCAGGACCCCACUGUCGUGUCCUUAAUGACAAGUGAGGGGGGUGACUGGGGUACACUGACCAGGAGUCACUGGCCCUGCUUACACUACCAUAAGGUGACCACUGCUGUCCCUCCCCUGCAUACACCGCCCAAAACUGACCCUUAAUGACACACCAGUGACGAUUGUGAAUGCCAAUGGACACCGUGACCUGAAGUCCACUACUGUAAAGUGACCAUAGCUGUCAUGUCCAGCUGUAAACUGACCUCUGUGAUGAGUGUAACUAAUAAUGGACACAACGUCCUGAUGUCACUGUCACCGCACACACACUACCCUGAACUGACAAUCCCAUGACGUCACAGCCUUAAUGACACACUACUGGCGGCUGUGAAUGCCAGUGGACACAAUGACAUGAAGUACACUAACCUAAGGUGGCCACAGCCAUCUGAACUCCUGCUGUCAAACUCUAAACUGACCGCCAUGACUGGUGACAAGUGUCACUAGUAUUGGACACAAUGUCCUGACGUCACUGUCACUACACACAUACACUAGCCUAAACUGACUCUUAGUCCCUUGACAAACAGUAGUACCCAAAAGCAGCCAGCACUGUCACAGCUGUAGUGACACAGUAAGGAGAAGUGACAUGUCCUGCAGUCACCAUCUCUGCAUACGCUACCUUAAACUGAUCGCUGCUGUCACAGUCACAACUCUAAAGUGACCACUGUGACAUAUCGGAUACGCUGUCCUGAUGCCACCACCUCAACACACACACACACACACACACACUAAACUGACCACUGUUCUCUGAGCCCCUUGAUAAUCAGUCCAACCCAGAAGUGACCAAUGCUGUCACGUGUUUGUGACAAGUUCCUGAAGUCACACGCUACCUUAACGGGACUGCAGCUGUCACAACCCCUUCAUACGCUACCGUCAAUUGACUGCUGCUAUCACAGUCAUGGAUGCCCAACUCUAAAGUGAGCACUGUGCCAUAUCAGAUACCCUGUCCUGAUGCCACCACCUCCACACACACACACUACCUUAAACUGACUGCUGCUGGAUAUCCACCUCUGACAGGUGACAAGUUUAUUUGCCCCAGUGUCACCCCCCCAAACUGACCCAUCACAAUCUCGGUCCCUUGACGUUCAGUCCAACCCAAAACUGGCCAGUUUCUGCCGUGGCCUUAAUGAUAAAACAUUUGCCAGUGACAAUAGUGACUGAUACUGGAUGCCACCCUGUCCUCAAGUGACCACUGCUGGUGCAGCCUUAAAGCACCUUACUGCGAAGUGGCCAUUCAUUGUUGCACAGCAUGGCAUCGUGGACGGAGGUGGUCAGAUUGUGAGCAGAGGCCUGACUAGUGGUGCCCGCUGCCGGCUGCCUUGUCCUGGGGAUGCCCAAACCCACCCAAGUGUCGCAGACCACCCUGCAUCUCUCUGUGCCUUUACUGACCUGCUGCCAUGAGGCCCCCCAGGGCCGCGCCAUUCCUGUCACAUGAGGCGGCUGUGGGUUCCUCUUUCCUGAAGGAAGCCCUGUGAUUAGGGAUGGAGGCCGCCGGGCCCAGUUGUUCUUCCUUUUUUAAUUCCCUGUCUGUCUGUAUAUCUGCACAUUGAACUGUUUGUAUAGCAUGAAUGUUUUAUCCAAUGUCUUUUGCACUUUCUGGGUACAAUGUACCCGUUUUAAAUGUACACUCAGAUCUGUAAAUACAAUCCUGUACAUUUGUUUUAUAUACACGUGGCGGGCGUAAGAUGGUCCAAUUAUGUGGGUGAAUAAAUUUAACUGCAUGAUUGCAAA